AUAUAUGCAAGGGGUAUUACGCUCAAAAUGCAAGAGACAGCGUAUUUAUACCCGAGAAUCAGGUGAAGUAUAAAUCAACAAGGGGAAGCGAGUGGUACGGACAAAGGACACAGCAUGCGGUUGACAAUGCCUAUGAACAAUCAUUUGGAGAAAUUAAAACGCUCCAUUUCUGCGGAACAAUCCAUAUAUACGGCUGUAUUAAAGAUAAACUAAAUAAGUGA